AUGGACAAGUGGUCUGCAAGCUUCAAUCCGACUUCUUUAAAAGGUUUAAGUGCACCUAUUUGGAUAAGACUUCCAAAUCUUCCACUUCUAUGUUGGGAUGAAAUCAACAUCUGUAGAAUUUCUUCACUGGUUGGAAAACCAUUAUUGAUUGACGGCAACUUGUUCCAAUGGGGUAGAAGGGAGUUUGGAAGAGUUUGUGUUCGUCUUAAUUUGGACACAAAACUACCCAUGGGAAUUUGGGUGGAAGGAAGUAUGGGAAAGUUAUUUCAAAAAGUAGAAUAUGAAAGACUUCCAAAAUUUUGCUAUCAUUGUGGGAGAAUUGGCCAUAAUACAAACUAUUGUCUGGAAAAACAUCAAAAUAAUGAAACAUUUGGUUCAGACAAAACUGAGGAGAACACUAAAAAAUUUCAGGAUGACAGCUUGUAUGCAGAGAAAGUUAUAGCUCCUAAUGCUGAAAUUUCUGGGUACGGCCCUUGGCUUCAAGUCAACUAUGGCAGAAAGAGGAAUUUUAAAAAUGUUACCGGGAACUCUAUCUUACGGGCUGAUAAGAAAAAUGUUCUUUACAAAACUACUGUUGGUGGUAAUCAGCCUAUUCGGAAGGCAGUUGAAAAGAUAAAAACUACUAAUGUGGAGGCUUCGGGUAUUCAUACAGAGGAAGUCAUUCAAGAUUCUCAAUCUGUAAAGGAGGUUCAUCCAGCAAUCAAUAGUGGAAAAGAUAUGAAUGUUACUUCUUCCAAUUAUUUAGUAAACAAAUUCAGUAUUCUGGAAGAUUUAAUAGAGGAAGGUGAAAUCACUUAUUCAGAAGUAAUUGAAAACUUAGUGUGUGAAAAUAAAGAAUCUUUAAGUCAUAUUCCAAAAGAUAAUAAUGUCAACAACAAUGAUCUUAAAUUGGUUAAGGAGAUCAAAGAUGGAACAUCUGCUAAUAUCAAAAGGAAAGGUUCUAAAUAA